AUUAUAGCAAACUGCAAGGCUUUAAUUAUUGAACAGUUAUAUCGCCCACCCUCGUUUCCAUUUAUAAAAAUUAGCCUGCCUCUUCCCCUCCCUCGCGUUCUCUCGUCUUCUCCUCCCUCACCUCAGUAAGCGAAGCAAAAUAUGGAGCUCCGAGACCCCAACAAUGGUGAAACGCAAUCGGAGCUCGAAAACCAUGGCAAUGGAGGAAUCCGUGAUCUACCGGGAGCCCCUCCCGGCUCCGACGACGUCGACAGCUCCUUCUCCACCCCCUACGUCAGCGCACCCUCCAGCCCCGCCCACGACCCCGGCAGCUACUACUUCAGCGAGCCGGCGAGCCACAUGCACUUCAUCCUCUGCUCCCCUUCCUACUCUGCCGCGGCGACCCCGUCCACCGAGGCGGCGGCCUCCUCCUCCGGCCACUUCGAGUUCGAGUUCGAGAUGCCCAAGCGGUGCCCCACGGCCGGUGCCACCUCCGCCGGAUCGAUGAUCUCCGCCGACGAGCUCUUCCUCAACGGCCAGAUCCGGUCGAUGAAGCUCUCCUCCCAUCUCCAGCAGCCCCCAGCCCAGCCCCAAGCUAUAGCCCCUUUACUAGACCUGGACGCCGAGGGGGAGAAGGAGGAGCAGGAGAAUCCAGAGGUUGCGGAAGCUGGCGGGAGAGGGAGAGAUCUAAGGAUCAGAAGGAGAUUGCUUCAUCGGAGGACCAGAUCUCUGUCUCCCCUGAGGAACCAUAGGUUCCAAUGGGAGGAAGAGGAGGAGCAAAUGAGAGCAAAGGAGGCGGAGGCGGAGACGCCGACGUCCUCGCUGUCCUCGUCCGCUGGGAGGAACUCCUCCAAACGGUGGAUCUUCCUCAAAGAGCUCCUCUACCGGAGCAUGAGUGAGGGGAGAUCCAGAGCCACGGGAAAGGAGAAGUUUUGGCGCUCCAUUUCCUUCUCUCUGUCAUCGAAGGAGAGAUCCAAACCUCCGCGAAAGAAGCCCGGUUCGUCGUCGUUGUCGUCGGCAGCGAAUGGGGCGGCGGGGAAGCGGAGGGGACCGGGCCCGGGGCCGGCGCCGUCGGCGCACGAGAGGCACUACACGGCGAACCGGGCGCAGGCGGAGGAGAUGAGGAAGAGGACGUUCUUGCCGUACCGGCAGGGGCUUCUCGGGUGCCUAGGGUUUACUUCCCGGAGCUACGGCACCAUGAAUGGCUUCGCCAAAACCCUUGAUCCCGUCUCCUUCACGUAAUCCCCACUCACGCCCUAUUUAGAAAUUAUAUAUCAAGUUUAAAACACUAUAAAAUUAAAUGAAACGACCUCUGUAUAGUUUUUUCGCCCCUUUUUUAAAUCCACUUCAUUCUCAGAGACACAAAAUUGUAGCUUUUCGAUGAAAAGACAUGGUGAUUAUUA